AGUACUGCAGCUUUAUCUCUUGAGCACUUAACCCCAUUGGUAGAGAACACAGAAGCAGGGGAGACCCUUCACUGCAAUCUGACUCUCUUGCUCUCUUUCUCUCUCUAAAUCUUUUCUUCUUUUAUAGAAGACAACACCCAAAUCUCUUCACUGUUAUGCAAUAUUUGCAGACCCCAUUAUCAUACACAACCCCCUAUCACCCUACUAUUCUUAUCGUCAUCCUCAUCAUCACCACCCAACUCCUACGCUAACAAAGGUAAGGGAGUUAUGGAAAAUGGCGGGAACUCGUUUAACGGUAAUAGAGGGCAGAAUGGUAAUAGUGGCAGCCACCUUGCAUGGGAUGUUCGAGACCUUGGGGCCUCCAGGUUUGACUGGAACUGCACCGGCAAUUCUUUCAACGACGACGCCGCCACCGCCACUGCCACCGACGCUCCCACCCAGCCGGAGGCCGGCGUGGGUCACGCCCUGAUGUUCCCUCACCAGGCCACUGCUGAUGUGCACCACAACCAGUACUAUCACCAACACAACCACCACCACCACCACCAGCAGUCGCUCUAUGGCGGCGAUGGGUCUCAUCUCCACCCAGACCCACACUUGAUGUGCUUGAAGCUCGGGAAGAGGCACUAUUUCGAGGACUCCACGCCUGGGAUCUCCACAGACAAGAGGGGUCGACCCUAUUAUAGUGGAGGAUCGUCGCAGUCGUCGGCGACGGCUGUUUCGGUGGUGGGGUCCCCGGCGACGGUGCCGAGAUGCCAGGUGGAGGGUUGCCACGUGGCGCUGGUCAAUGCCAAGGACUACCACCGGAGGCAUAAGGUGUGUGAGAUGCAUUCAAAGGCACCUAAAGUGGUAGUUCUUGGUUUAGAGCAGCGGUUUUGUCAACAGUGUAGUAGGUUUCAUGCAGUGUCAGAGUUCGACGACUCAAAGAGGAGCUGCAGGAGGAGAUUAGCAGGGCACAAUGAGCGAAGAAGAAAGAGCUCUCAUGAUUCUGUUGCCAGGAACCCUUCUCAAGCAGCUAAUAAAUUGAUGACUGGGAGAUUCGCAUACUUAUCAUCGCCGACAGGACGUGCUCUCUCUCUUCUGUCAUCGAAGUCGGAUUCUUGGGUUUCCUCAGCAGAACUCUCCUUAAGAUCCAGUGCAGCACUCCGUGAGCUGAUCGCCGAAAAUCGUGCAGCCAUCCUAGCUAGACAGCUUAUCCUAGACCGGGACUGGCAUUGGCAUCACCAUGGGAUGGAGGAUUCAGGUGGGGAGCAACCAGGAUCCGAUUCCCUCAUGCCCCACCAGCACCAAAUGUUCCCUGGGUCACGCAGCUGGGAGCGGUUCCAUGAAGCCAAUGGACACGUAACACUCGACCUCAUGCAGGCUCCUAGCUCAGCAUUUGGGUUAUUGUCUGUGAGGGAGAAGUCCAAGGAAGAAGAAGAAGAAUGUUCAGAGUUGUGGAACUCCCUGGAAGGAACUCAUGUUGUUUGAUUGUAUCAUUGUAGGAAUUGAUUUAGUGUUGGCACUGAAUAAUUAAUUUUGUUCACCAACAGAUCUUUGAUGACUCCCUCUUCCCCACUAGGUCUAGUCCAUCUUCGGCACCAUAAAAUAUUGCCUACUUUCUCAUUCCAUCAUUUUAAGAUGGUGUACUAAUGAAUAAUUUGAGCUACCAAAUACAUUCAUAUGAAGAUCAUAUCACCAUUCCAUAC